UUUAUUGCAUUUUAUUCUGAUCAGACAACGUGUAAUUUUUUUUUCACAUUUCAUCAUUUUAUUCGAAUAGAAUUUUUAAAAUUUUUAUCGUUAAAAAAUGGUCCUCGAUCUUGAUCUUUUUCGUGAAGAUAAAGGAGGUGACCCAGAAAAAAUACGGACAAUUGUUCGUAAUCGAUUCGCUGAUGUUGGAGCUGUGGAUGAAGUGAUUCUUUUAGACAAACAAUGGCGUCAAGCUCGUUUCAAUAUGGACCAGCUGAACAAAUCAAAGAAUAAAAUAUCCAAAGAAUAUGGAAACAAAGUGAAACAAAUGAAACAACAAGGAAUAAAAGAAGAAAAUAAAGCAUCGCAACAGAAUCAACAAGGAGAUGAUGGUGCAAAAGUUUUCAGUGCUGAAGAAUUACUUGCCUCUAUCAAUGAAAUCGAUGCCAAUACUACACUGGAACAAUUAAAACGAUUGAAAAAACAGGUAGAUGAUAAAAUCGUUACAUUCACUGAUGAAGUGAAUCAAUUGGAAGAGAAUCGUAACUCGAUUCUUCGAGAGAUUGGCAAUAUUCUUCAUCCAGAUGUCCCCGUUUCAAAUAAUGAAGAAGAGAAUGCUGUCAUUCGAACUUUCGGUCAAUUUGAAACGAAAGAAUUGUCACAUAUUGAUUUGAUUCAGAAAAUUGAUGGCAUGGAUUGUGAUCACGGUGCUGAUAUUGCUGGUUCACGUGGUUAUUUUCUUCGUGGUUUAGGCGUUUUUCUUCAACAAGCAAUGAUACAAUAUGCUCUUAAUUUCCUAUACAAUAAGGAUUAUAUUCCUUUAUAUACACCAUUUUGGAUGAAAAAAUCGCUCAUGUCGGCAGUAGCUCAACUAAAUCAAUUUGAUGAAGAACUCUAUAAAGUGGUCAGUAGCAAACAAAAUCUUGAAGAUACGGAUGAAAAAUAUUUGAUCGCCACAUCUGAACAGCCAUUAUGUGCGAUACAUCGAAACGAAUGGAUGAAUCCACAAUCAUUGCCCAUCAAAUAUGCCGGUUAUUCUACGUGUUUUCGCCAAGAAGUUGGUGCACAUGGUCGCGAUACUCGUGGUAUAUUUCGUGUUCAUCAAUUCGAAAAGGUCGAACAAUUUAUCAUUUGUGCACCAAGUAAAUCAUGGGAACAUUUUCAUGAAAUGAUUUCAAAUUCAGAAGAAUUUUAUAAAUCUUUAGGAUUAUCUUAUCGUGUCAUUAGUAUUGUUUCUGGUGCACUAAAUAAUGCUGCUGCUAUGAAAUAUGAUCUUGAAGCAUGGUUUCCGGGAUCGAAAGCAUUCCGUGAAUUGGUAUCCGUAUCCAAUUGUACCGAUUAUCAAGCAAGACGUUUACAGAUUCGUUUUGGUCAAACGAAAAAAAUGUCUGGCCCUGUUGAAUUUGUACACAUGUUGAAUGGAACAAUGUGUGCUAUAACUCGAGCAAUUUGUGUAUUACUUGAAACACAUCAAACAUCAGAAGGAAUCAAUAUUCCUGAACCUUUACAAAAAUACAUGCCGGAAAAAUAUUCAAAAUUUAUUCCAUUCACUCAAUAAAUCAAUUUUAGUUAGUUGAGAAUAUCUACAAAAAUAAAUAUCGAACCAUGUCUUGCUAAAUUUUUACAUAAAAUUUUUUGAAUUGAAUAAAAUUUAUUAUUCUUCUGUCUAAA